AGAAGAAGAGUUGGUUCCCAACUUGGACCCACAUAUAAAUAUUAAAAAACAUAUGGACAAAACUUUGAGCACAUAAAAAUAAAAAUAAGAACUUGGACCCACAUAAAAUUAUUAAAGAAUAUAAAAAAAAAUUACAAAGAAGAAGAGUUGGUUCCCAACUUGGGCAAGCAUAAAUAUUAAAGCAUAUGGACAACACUUUGAGCAUAAACCUCUGUGGUGACCUAUAAUAGUAAGAAAUUGAGUUAUAAAAGUAUUUGCCAUAUUAGUGAUUUCUCAAGUAGCAAAUAUGGGCAAACCACAUGUUUUAGCUAUUCCUUAUCCUGCUCAAGGCCAUGUCCUUCCCAUGCUGGAGCUCAUGCAAUGCUUAGCCAAACAUGGUUUCAAAGUCACAUUUGUGAACACUGAAUUUACUCAAGAAAGAGUCAUCAACGCAUUGGCAGGGAAAGACUGUAUAGAGAAUCAUAUACAUCUGAUAUCAAUCCCAGAUGGGUUGAAACCCUGGGAGGAUAGAAAUGAAUUGGGGAAGUUAACAGAAGCAAUCUUCCAGGUCAUGCCUGGGAAGCUGGAAGAGCUCAUAGAAAAGAUUAAUGGAUCAGACAACGACAAGAUCACUUGCAUUAUUGCAGAUCAGCUCUUGGGAUGGGCCCUUGAAGUUGCAGAGAAGAUGCAAAUCAAGCGAGCUGCCUUUUGGCCUGCUGCAGCUGCACUCUUGGCUUUGAAAUUCAGCAUCCCAGCACUACUUGAUGACGGGAUAAUAAACGAUAGUGGAACACCUACCAAGAAUCAAAUGAUUCAACUAUCACCAACCAUGCCUGCCAUUAGCACAUCACACUUAGUAUGGGCAUGCAUUGGUGACUUGACCACACAGAAAAUUAUUUUUGAACUUAAUGUAAGAAAUAACCGGUCUGUGCAAGUGGCAGACUGGCUGAUUUGCAAUUCAACUUAUGAGCUCGAGCCUGCAGCAUUUAGGUUAUUUCCAAAUAUCUUGCCCAUAGGUCCACUUUUGGCAAGAAAUCGACUUGGAAAUUCAGCAGGCUACUUCUGGCCGGAAGACUCAACUUGCUUGGAAUGGCUUGAUCAACAGCCAGCAAACUCAGUCAUCUAUGUUGCAUUUGGGAGCUUCACGGUUUUUAACCAGAUCCAGUUCCAAGAAUUGGCUUUGGGGCUUGAAAUCGCCAACAGGCCAUUCUUAUGGGUUGUGAGGCCAGAUAUAACUAAUAAGAACAAUGAUGCCUACCUGCAAGGUUUCAAAGAAAGAGUAGCAACUCGUGGGCGAAUGGUAGGUUGGGCUCCUCAGCAGAAGGUCCUGGGUCAUCCUUCUGUUGCUUGCUUUUUAAGCCAUUGUGGCUGGAACUCUACCAUGGAAGGCCUAAGCAAUGGAAUCCCUUUCCUAUGCUGGCCAUACUUUGCUGACCAGUUUCUUAAUCAGAAUUACAUUUGUGAAGUUUGGAAAGUUGGAUUGAGGUUUAACCACGAUGAAAGUGGGAUCAUCAAACAAGAAGAAAUUAAGGAUAAGGUGGAGCAACUGCUCAGCAACAAGACAAUCAAAGCAAGGGCUUUGGAUCUAAAGGAAGUGGCUACAAAAAGUGUUAAAGAAGGUGGCUGCUCUCACAAUAACCUUAACAAUUUUAUUGAAUGGUUGAAGACAUAGACAAGUUGUUUAGGCUGCAAACAAGCUUGGUUUUAUUUCUGGGUUUUUUUCUUUCUGUGUUAUCAUAUAAAAGAGUUACGAAGAAAGAACUA